GUAUUUAUUAUAUCCGUACGUGAAAGACUGUGUGGCUAUUUAUUUUAUUCCUCAAACGACUUGAACGGACAAAGGUAUUUUCCACAAUGUCCGUAUUCUCCAAGACACAAGGGAUGUGCGUGGUCUACCAGAAUGAACAAAAGCGAAACUCUCCUCAACCUUAUCCAAGACGCUGCCUAUGUUGCAGCAUGUACGAAAGUUUGCUUUGCCACCACCGAGUGGCAUAUUUUCGCGGCGGAAAAAUUCCGCAGAUACACGCGGAACUAUGGGGCCCGAACGGCCACAACCCAUCGGUGGUUGAGGAGACCGCAGUGAUUUGGUCGUUGGAUCAGCAAAAAUUGAGCAAUGAACAAGCGAGAAACUAUAACCAACCUCCUGAAAGACGCUGCGUAUGUUGCAGCAUGCAACGAGAUCCCUCUGGCCACCGCCGAGUGGCAUUUCUUCGCCGCGGAAGCAUUCCGCAGAAGUUAGUUGGCAAUGAGUAUAAUCCUGAUCCUGAAGCCAGUAGGGGGAGUGGCACGAUCUUGGUAGAGGGCUCUCAAAAGAUGACGAACUUUACUUUUAUACUCCUCAUCGGGGACACUAUACCCUUGGUGGCCAAUUGGUGGGGGACAAAGAAGAAUGGAAGAUCAUGGCCAUAUCAUGGGGUAGCUAUUACUUCUACUCAUCGGUCAAAACCAAAUUAAAUGCAGCGAAGUCGGAAGCUAGCAAGGCCGACUCUCAUCAUCGGACAACCGUUGGUGACCCCGUCGAUAACUUCGUUUCCAAAGGUCAAAUGAUUGCCAGUCGGAAACAAUUCGUGAUCUUUGGCAACAUUUGUUGCGUUUUGUUGUAAAGACCGAGACUCCGAAGUUCCGGAUCCUGAUCGAGCUACAAAUACUGUAUCUAAAAAGGAAAUCAGAUAAACCAUCAGUGCAGAUGCGAUAUCAUCCAAAGAGUUGAAGUCAUGGAAUUAUUGCAGCAACGAGUGGCGGUUUUCUAUACAUUGGGGCCUUGGGGUAUCGUAAAUUACAAUAGCGUAUAUGAUUAUUAACAUGCUUGAGUGGCUACUAUCAGCUAUUUUCCAUUGCUUUGGCAG